CGUUUCGCGCCGCGGUCACAGCCCGGUUUCAAGUCCUUAACGAUCUCCAGCGAUGCUCAGCUCAGUAAGGUCUGCGGCAAAACACGGAUGUAGAAGACUACUUGGUGGGUAUUCUGGCUAUGCUACGCCGUCCCAACCCUUCAAUCCGUUAUACCCAUCUGUUUCUGCACAAUCAUGGCCUAGCUCUGCGAAUGGUCUAAUGGACGAGCUUGACCAUCCUCCGUCCGCUGAAGGUGGCUACUCUCGUGCUCACCUCACCCCAAAGGCUUUGGGGGAAGAUUCAACUCACAUGCCGCCUGGUCGCAUACCACAAUACAAACUCCACUGUUUUUCCAGUCGCAACAACACUAUAGUGACUUUCACUGACCCACGCGGCAAUCCUAUUGCCUGGUACAGCGGUGGUUCUUGUGGGUUUAAAAGAGGCCAGCGGGCCUCCUAUGAAGCCGGAUAUCAGUGUGCUGUGAGGAUAUUCAAAAUCAUUGAAAACACAGCGGCGACAAAGGGCAUGGUUCGGAUCGCCCUUUCCUUCAAUGGCUUCGGUCAAGGCAGAGAUGCGAUGCAAAAAGCCCUUAUGACAAGCGAAGGUGGAAACGUGAAGGUUCUAGUCGAAGUUGUCGGGGACAGGACACCAAUCAAGAUUGGUGGAACGAGGUCGAAGAAGAUGAGAAGACUGUAGAUAAUAUUUCCUACUUUUACACCUACAAUACUUUGCAGUCAUUCGCUUCGUGAAUGGAAAGACAGACCGGCCAACCUGAAACUCUGAAACAGUGCACGGUCUAUUCUUUCUCCUUGAUAGCUUGUUCUAGCUCGACAGACGGGCUUAGAUGUUGUAAUUGCUAUCUCCCAUAUUCAUUCAGUCCAACUGCUCAUGGUCGAACAUCGAAUCAAUUCUUUUAUCGUAUAUCCUUGUUGCAGCAGAGCUUGUGAAUGCAGGACUCCCAAUAUUCAUCUCCUUGUCUGGUGAGAGUAGUUUUCUCUACUACCCUCAGUCAUGGACAGCCUCGCUUGGCUUUCGACAAUUCUCCUU